UUUAACCAAAGAUGACAUAAACAUGGUAAGAUUGUGUGGAAAAUAGUCCCCUUAGCGGUAGUGGAAUACUUGUCUUGGCUUGACUUGAUUUUUCAUCACACUGCAUAAUCUUAUUCAACAAACUUAUUUAAUGUAUGGUGUAUGUUCUUAUAGAGUGUAAGGUACUUGCUCUCAAUAUCCAAAAUAAAAGAAGAAGUAAAUAUUCAGAACAAGAUGGGUUACACUGCUUUGGACAUGCUAUAGCAUGUUCCAAAAGACAUGAGAAGUCUUCAAAUAAAACUCAUGCUGAUGGAUGCUGGAUUCAAGAACAAUGAAAAUAACCAAGUUUAUCAUCCAUCAUCUGCAUCAAUCAUAGAUGUUCCUCCAUCAAGGACAAUUAAUCCAUAUGAAAAGUUUUGGAGUUUGAAGCGUGUGAACAAGGUCUUACAUCAUAAGAGUGGUAGGUUGGAAGAAAUGAGAGGCAUGUUGAGUUUGGUGUCUACAAUGAUCUCAACCGUGACCUUUGGUGUUGUGAUGGAUCCACCAGGUGAUGAUUUACCUGCAAGUAUGUGGGCAUAUGCACAAUAUAGAGAAGAAAUGCUCACACGUUUGUUAACGAUGAACACAAUCUCUUUCAUUGCAUCACUUGGUGUCACUCUCUUACUUAUAAGUGGAGUUCCCUUAAAGAAUGAAGUCACAAUGGGGCUCUUAUCAGUAGGCACAUGUGUCUGUCUCACAUUUCUUGUGCUUACUUACAUACAUGCUGUGCCUUUGAACAAAAAUAUGUAUUUUGGGGACACAUUUUCUGUCUUGUUUUCUUGGCUUGGACUUGUUGGGGCAGUAGUUCUGUUUACCAUAAUUCGUGUAAUUUAUAAGCUAGCGAAAGUUCUGUAUCAUGGAGCAAAAGUUCUGUAUCAUGGAGCAAAAGGUGAUUGA